UAGAAGAACCCUAGCUAUAAAUUUGCUAUGUUUUCGAGUCCAAAAUCUCCCCAGACACCCAUGGAUUCACUAGCAACUUUAGGCAUCCUUUUCGUCUCUCUUUCCCUAUUCACAACCUCGCCGGCCGCCACUUCCGACUCCUCGCCGACAGUUUAUGAGUUACUGGCGGAAUACGACUUUCCGCCUGGUCUUCUUCCAAAGGGAGUCACAGGCUACGAACUGAACUCAACCACUGGCAAGUUCACAGUAUACCUGAACAAAACCUGCAGUUUCACCAUAGACGGCUACAAUCUCAAGUACAAAUCUGAAAUCUCUGGGACCAUUUCCACUGACAAAAUCAAGGAUCUGAAGGGUAUACAAGUAAAAGUGUUGUUUUUCUGGCUAAACAUCGUGGAAGUUACUAAAGAUGGCGAUGAAAUUGAAUUUUCCGUCGGGAUUGCGUCGGCGGAUUUUUCGGUAGAUAACUUUUAUGAGUCGCCAGAAUGUGGUUGUGGCUUUGAUUGUGAUAAUGGAAUUGGGGGAAAAGCUAGCAAAUUUAGGCUCAAUUUUAGGCCAUUUGUAUCCGAUUCCUAGAAUCUUGAUUAGGGGAUUAAUCUUGAGACUUAGAAUAAUUUAUCAUUUUUCUGUAAUCUGUAGUUUAUAUUUUGUAACGAUAUACCUUAUUGAGUUCAAAAUAAAAAAUAAAAUAUAUCGACGUAUUUAAAUA